CCAAACAUCAGCAUCACAGGCAGACAUUCAAACAAAUGUAUCAACAACAAAAGCACCACCAACAGAGAAAGUUUCGGCUCCAAUGUAUCAAUCUUCUUCAGUAAAUAAGGAAACUAGCUUCCCUACAAUAAUGACACAAUCAACGCCAGAGUUACUCACCAUAGAUACAGGAGUUACAACUGGAAACUCAACAACCCAAAGAUCUACAAUGGAAAGGUCCCCAGCUGGUUCUUCUAAUGUGCCAUCACAUUCAUCAUCAAAAAUGCCAUUGGCUCAUACGACAACAAAGACAUCAUCAGAAAGAAGAACAGCAGGGCCAACAAGGCCUAUUUCUGUAUCAUCUGUCAUUUCAACCUCAAAACAGAUGCCAACAAAAGUCUUUUCAGCACCAACAACCGUGUUUUGGAAACAAGUCUCAACGUCUCAUGCACAAACAACCCAAGCAAUUACAGAGGCACAGACAUCGGUAGGACCAGCAUCAUCAACAGUUGAAGCUACGUCUACUACAUCUGCAGGACAACCCACAACACAAGUAACUUCCCCAUCGGCUACAACUGGAUAUUCAACAGUGAGACAAAGAACAACCACUAUGAUUUCAACAGCUCCUUUGAAUAAAAGAUCAUCUACAAUGUCGCAGUCUUCAAUACUUUCCACAACAAAGACAAUCUCACCAACAAUAACGGUGAUGAAAACGAGUGCGCCAGAUUGGCAAUCGUCCGUCCCUUUUACAACAUCAUCUCAAAAGGUGUCAACAAAUCAAAUAUCAACAAAACUUAAUGCAGGUUCUACACUUUCUCCAGCAAUGCCAUCAUCUGGCCCAUUGACAGCCACACCAUCAACGACGACUGCUUCAAAAUAUAAAAGCUCUGUAAAGACUACUCCUUUGACACUCAGUUCAUUGUCUCAGAAAAGGACUGAUUCACCACCGCCCUCCCCAUCAGAAGCUAGUUCUACCGCUAAAGUGCCUCUGCUUACAUCACAAGCCUCUCACUCGUCAGAAUCUUUAAGGAAGGUAUCAACAUUGGUGCAAUCAACUACCAAGGAACUGCCUUCACCAACCACGACAGAUGCAAUGUCCUCAGUAUCAACAGCUAAAAACUUUACAGUAACAGUUUUGUCAUUACCAAGAGUGCAGUCAACAAAGUCAACAGAAACUACUCAGAUGUCAACAUCCCUAAGCCCAACUGACUUAACCACAACACAUCUGCUAUCUGAACCCUUGUCUACUUCAGCACCCCUCGUGUCAUCAAAAGUGUCCACAUCCUUAACUUUGAAAAGAGAGUCAACAUCUUCGAGAGACAAUGAGACAACGAUCCAUUCCGAAAUACAGACAUCACCAUCAACCAUUCAGCCGCAUUCAUCAAUCACAAGUGCUGUUGUUACAUCUGAAGUACAUGCCACAGAGCAUGUGGCAUCUCAACCAUUAACUACAACAUCUUUGAAACUGACCUCUUUGAAAGGACAACGGUCAACAUCAGCAACAGGAGCAACCUCUCCUUCAGUAGAGCCACCAUCGACAAGAACAAGCGUGAUGCCCACACCUGAUACACUAUCUUCAAAGCAGACUAGGUCCAUGUCACGGGCUUCUGCGUCCAUCUCAUCAUUGUGGUCAAGUUCUGGGGCAACAUCAAUAACAAGUCCACCAAAGACUUCUUCUCCAGCUUCUGCUUCCACCUUUUAUUCAAUGAUGAGCCCAACAUUGCCACAUGUGACAUUGUCAACUUCUAAAGUGCAGCCUACUACAACAGAACAGUUCACCUCCCCAUCAUCAAUCACUGCAGCUUUAGAGCAAACAACUUCAGAACAAACAACAUUAACAUCUACGCAAGCCUCUUCAUCCAAUGUGACACCAACCUCGAAGUUAAUUUCGACGGUAUCACCAUCUGCAACUUCUUCAGAGUCAACUGCAGCAACGUCAACAUUUGAAUCGACUGCUUAUUUUACAAGUACUGAAGCACCAUCAACAAGUCAACCAUUGACCAGACAAUCAACAUCAUUGGUAUUUACUACAGACAAUGGUUCCUCAGAUGAACGGAGAACAACAUCAUUUUCAUCUCUCCUGAGUCCUACUGAGCUAAGAACAUCACUACCAACCAUUGAGACAGUAACAACGUCAUAUGUGCCUAAUUUGUCUGAGUUAAGCACAACCCCAGAAAAAUCUUCAAGUUCAUCAGGAACCUCCACGACAAUGUCAUUAAAAUCGACAAAAAUGAUGACGCCACAAUCAACCUCAACAAAACCAUUGUCAUCAAGAAGAUCAGCAACAUCUGAAACAUCCACGCAUACUAGCAGAGGCUUGAUACUUCACUCAUCAACUCAGCCAUUGUCUAUGUCAACACAGCAACCCACAGAGAUAUUGACAACACAGUCAAACACUGAAAAACCAGCCACAACAAAACCGUUGUCAGCAAAAAGAUCAACAAUUUCUGAACCGCCCACCCUGUUAUCACAUACUACCAGAGGCUUAAUGCUUCACUCAUCAACUCAGCCAUCGUCUAUGUCAGCACAGCAACCCACAGAAAUUUUGACAACACAGUCAAUCACUGAAUCAUCCACAACAAAGCUGUUUCCAUCAACACAGUCCACCCCCUUUGUGCCUUCCACAACACAAAUGUACUUGACAACAUUGACUUCAACAUCUUCAAAGCCUACUGCAUCCCACACAGCUUCUUCAUCCCCAUCAGAAACAGAAACGUCAACACCAUCAAUGUCAACAGUUCAGUCUGAUACUCCUUUUCUUGCCACAACGUCGUCUGAACCAUCAUCUUUGCCAUCACAUCGUACCAGAGGUUCAACGCUUGUCUCAUCAACCCAGCCAUUGUCUGUGCCAACUUUGCAGCCCACAGAAACAAUUAUGAAGAAUUCUUCUCUGGCAGAUAUGCUGACAUCAAAACUGACAGAUGUUUCUCCAUCAGAUUCUUACACAUUGGAGUCAACUUCUUCUGCAACUCAAGUAUCAUCCUCGCAGCCAAUAGAAACUCAUGUAAGCACAGGAGGCCCACCAGUGACCCAGACAGUAUCAGGAACAGAAAUGUCAUCAGCACGAUUGUCUACUGAGAAACUUUCAACAACAAAAAUGAUUUCACAAUCAACAGCAACUUUGGAAAAAUCCUCAGCAGUUUCAACAAAUACAAGGACAAUAGGGAAAAAUCCAACAUCCAAGGCACCAUCAUUGACUAUGUCGACUCUAAAACCAUCUUCAACACCUCUUAUAAUAGCAACGACCUCAUCACCGCUAACUAUGUCUUCAGAAGAAAUCUCAACAUCCUCAAGAUCAUCAUCUUCAGAGCCAACUCCAACAUUUAGCACAAGAGCUAGGACAUUGAGUACCAGAAAAGCAACUACAAUGAGCUCUCCAACUACAAGAUUACCAGUUGCUAUCCUAACUUCUCCAAGCGCUUUUAUAACAUUGCCGACGUCCUCAUUUCCAACACCAACAAAACCAAGCCUGAAUUCUCCUACAACACCUAUAUCAUCUAAAAUCCCAUCAACGUCUCAGGUAGUGUCCACUUCAGAAGUGACACAAUCAUUGUCGCCUUUCUUUUCAUCUUCCAAAAGUCCCACAAG